GAGGAGGGAGGGAGGGAGGGAGAGGAAGAAGGAGUUGUGCAGCUGCCGCCGCCGCUGCUACAGCUGGCUCUCCGAGCCUCUCCUGCGCCUCCUUCUCCUUCCUUCCCCCCUUCAUUCGACCUCGCUGCCGGAGCCCGGAAUUGUUGGGAGCCUAGCAUCCUUGGACAAAGUUCUCCCUGCCCUUUUCCCGAAGAGCAGAGGUUGUUUUACCCCUUGAGGCUCACACCUCAGUCUCCCAAGGAAUAGUUGUGUGGCGGACUGUAUAAAAGUUAAUGUUUUCAUCCACUCGGACAAAGGAGAAUGGGGACCCUACAUCCAAAAGAAUGAAGACUCGACAGAAUAAAGACUCCAUGUCGAUGCGGAGUGGUAGGAAGAAGGAGACUCCGGGGCCCCGAGAGGAGCUCAGGACGCGGGGCCGAGCCUCUCCAGGUGGCGUCAGCACUUCCAGCAGUGAUGGCAAGGCUGAGAAAUCCCGGCAAACGUCCAAGAAGGGUCGGGUGGAGGAGUCCAUGGCCCCUAAAGGAAGCAAGCAAAGCCGCCCGGAGGAGAUAUCGGAGAGCGAAGGAGAGGACACCAAUGCCCCAAAGAAAACUAAAACCGAGGAGCUGCCAAGACCUCAGUCUCCCUCAGACGUUGACAGCCUCGAUGGCCACAGCUUCAACGAUGAGACAAGCAGCGACCCUCGCGACAUCGACCAGGACAACCGGAGCACCUCGCCCAGCGUCUACAGCCCUGGCAGCGUGGAGAACGACUCUGACUCCUCCUCAGUGUUGUCCCAGGGGCCGGCCCGCUCCUACCACCACCCCCCACUCUUCCCCCAGAGCCCCUCUCCUGCCCCCCUGGCAGAGGGCCUAGCUCGCCCACCAGAGCCAAACUUUAGCCUGGCAGGGGACGUCCAUCCUCCGGGCCCCGCCGGCAGUUACCAGCCGCAACUUGAGGCCCAGGCCUCGAGGAUUUUCCAGGCGCAAGCCCCGCCGCCUCCCACUCUGUCUGCCAAUUCCUCUUCUUCCUCAUCCUCACCUUCCUCCUCUACCUCCUCCUCCUCCUGCACGACCCACGUCCCCCUCUACUCUGGCGCCAACGUGGUCCAGAUGGGUCCCAAAGCAGUUGGCGCAGGGCCAGGCCUCCCCGCGCCAGGCGGGCGGGAGCAAGCCCUUGGCACCAAGCACAACCCGCCCCCAACAACCCCCAUUUCCUUGGCCCCGGUGGCGGGGGGCCUGCCCCCUCAGAAAACCCCUCCGAACAACUCCCCCUCGGUCCUCCCUUCCUCCACGGCCGCUUUCCCCCACGUCCUUGCCAACCUGCCCCCGCCGCCCGCUCUGAGGCCCCUCAACAAUAUGUCGGCCGCCUCCAGCUCCCCGGGGGUGGCGGGGCAAGCGCUGGGCGGGCACCUCCCGCCUCCCCACGGGAUGGGCCAGGACAAGUCGCCCGUCCCUUCCCGCUACCCCUACGCCCCCGCCCCGCCCCCGCCCAGCUCUUCAGCCGCCCAGUACGCUCUGCCGCCCCCUUCCCAGGCCCUCCCCAGCUACAGCUCCUCCUACGGCCACUCUUUCCCCCAGCCCAGCAGCCUCUCCGUCGCCAGCCAGCCCCCCAAGUACACCCAGCCCUCCAUGCCCUCCCAGCCAGUGUGGAGCCAAGGGCCGCCGCCCUAUAGCCGCCCCCUGGGCAAUGUCGGCUCACACCCUCCGGCCGCCUUCCCGGGCCAGGCAGCCCUCCACCAGCAGCAGCACCAGCAUCACAGCCACGGCAGUGGUGCGGGGGGCCCGGCGGCGGCUGCGGCAGCCCCCCAGGCCCCCGGAGGGUAUCCCCACCCAUUGGAGCCAGGCCCGCACCACCCGUCCCACGCCGCCUAUGGCCUCCGCCUCUACCCGCCCCACGGUCAUGCCACGUACAGCCAGGCCCCCUCUGCGUCUUCCUCUUCCGCCUCCUCGUCCUCUGCCUCCUCCUCUUCUUCUUCUUCUUCUUCCACCACCUCCUCUUCUUCCUCCUCCUCUGCACCCCAGGGAACGUACCUGGGAGUAUGCAGCCACCCCCAGGGGCAAAACACUGCAGCCUACACAUUCCCACCGCCGCCACCGCCUUCACCUGCCCACGGAGCCGGACCACCGGUCACCUCCGCCUCCGUCACCCUCUCCACCGUCAUCACCACCAUGGCCUCCGCCUCGGCAGCCCCCUACAAGACGGCGUCGCCCCCGGCGGGGCCCCCCUCGGUAACCCCCUACGGGAAGCGGACGGCCUCUCCGUCCCCCACCUUCCAGCCCCCGGCCCCCUACAAGCCGGGCUCCCCUCCUUCCUCCUCCUCCUCCUCCUCUUCCUCAGCGUCCUCGUUCCGUGCAGCCACCCCACCGGGGUACAGGCUGGCCUCUUCCCCGGCGGGCGGGGGAUACAAGGCCCCCUCGCCAGCCCCUGGCCCCCCAGCUGCAGGGGGUAUGCCGGCCCCUCCCCCUCCCUUGCCCCCGCUGCCCCUCAGCGCUGCGCAGAUCAAGCAAGAGCCUUCCGAGGAAUACGAGCCCCCGGAGAGUCCGAUGCCCCCCAUCCGGAGCCCCUCGCCAGCCCCCAAGGUGGUGGACGUGGCAAGCCAUGCCAGCCAGUCUGCGAGGUUCAAUAAACACCUGGAUCGCGGCUUCAACUCCUGCUCACGGACCGAUCUCUACUUUGUACCACUGGACGGCUCCAAGCUGGCUAAGAAGAGGGCAGAUCUUGUGGAGAAGGUGCGCAGGGAGGCUGAGCAGAAGGCCCGGGAGGAGAAGGAGCGUGAAAGGGAGCGAGAGCGAGAGAAGGAGAGGGAGAGGGAGAAAGAACGGGAGCUGGAAAGAAGUGUGAAGGUGGCGCAAGAAGGCCGCGCAGUGGAGUGCGCCUCCCUGGGGCCCGUCCCUCACCGCCCGUCGUUUGAGCAAGGCAGCGCCGUUGCCACUGUCCCCCCCUACCUGGGCCCCGACACGCCGGCGCUCCGCACCCUCAGCGAGUACGCGCGGCCCCACGUCAUGUCCCCCAGCAACCGCAACCACCCCUUCUACGUCCCGCUGGGCGCGGUGGACCCCGGACUGCUGGGCUACAACGUGCCGGCCAUCUACAGCAGCGACCCGGCCACCCGGGAGAGGGAGCUCCGAGAGCGGGAGGCCCGCGAGCGAGACCUCCGGGACCGCGACCUGCGCGAGCGCCUCAAGCCCGGCUUCGAGGUGAAGCCCGCCGAGCUGGAGCAGCUGCACGCCGUGCCCAGCGCCACCAUGGAUCCUUUCCCGCGCCACGGGGGGCUGGCUCUGCAGGCCGGCCCGGGCCUGCACCCCGCUUUCCCUUUCCACCCGGGGCUGGGCCACCUGGAGAGGGAGCGGCUAGCGCUGGCGGCCGGCCCUGCCCUGCGGCCCGACAUGUCCUACGCCGAGCGACUGGCGGCUGAGCGGCAGCAUGCUGAAAGGGUGGCCGCCCUGAGCAACGACCCCCUGGCCCGGCUGCAGAUGCUCAACGUGACCCCCCAUCACCACCAGCACUCCCACAUCCACUCCCAUCUCCAUCUCCACCAGCAGGACGCCAUCCACGCAGCUUCCGCCUCUGUUCACCCUCUUAUCGAUCCACUGGCUUCUGGGUCGCAUCUCACCCGGAUACCUUACCCAGCUGGUACCAUCCCUAAUCCGCUCCUUCCUCACCCACUGCAUGAAAAUGAGGUGCUGCGCCACCAGCUUUUUGCUGCGCCCUACAGAGACCUGCCAGGCUCUCUCUCGGCUCCGAUGUCGGCAGCGCAUCAGCUCCAAGCCAUGCAUGCACAGUCAGCAGAGCUCCAGCGCCUGGCCCUGGAACAGCAGCAGUGGCUGCACGCCCACCACCCUCUGCACGGAGUGCCGCUCCCCACCCAGGAGGAUUACUACAGUCACCUGAAAAAAGAAAGCGACAAGCCCCUCUAAGCAGAUCCCAUUCCCCAUGGCGACGUCAUUGAUCCUCUUGGUGCUGCUGCUGCUUCUGAGACAGAGAGAGAGAGAGAGAGAGAGAGAGAGAGAGGAAGAGAGGAAGAUUUGCCAACCAAACCCUGGAAGCUGCACAGUGACACAACUUCUAAUGUCGUUUAAUGGGAGAGGGACGAAAGCAGGCUUACCCCUGGCGGGAGGGGGGGUGGCAAAAGAGGAAGGACAAGCGGGGCGCCAAACACCAGGCAAGGAUUUCGAACCUGUGGCUAAAUGUGCCCUUGUAUCCUGUAAGCAAAGGUAUAUAAACCAUCGUGCAUCUAUUUUUCUGCCCUCCCCACCCCACCCCCUGCAAUCCUCGGGCAAAUUGCGGCCAGUCAGCAGGAACUUCGAAAGGCAUGGGGGGAGUCUCCCAAAGCCCCCUUCCGCCAUGCCUUGACGCAGGAGAGAGUCCAGAAGACUCGCGGGACGUUUCAAGAAGGCAUGGCCCCGUUCUUGCUCAGCCCCCCCGAGAGACGGGGGCCAAGCCGAGAGGUGCAAAGCGCCACAGGACUGUUCCAAGAGGGCAGCUGCCAUUUUUCUUCGUAUCCAUGCCUAGAGGGAAGGAGCACUGACGAGCUGCGGGACUGUUUGAAGGAUGGCAACUGCCCGUUCCCCUCCCAUCUCAUGGGGGUGAGGAGGGCGGAGGUGGAUGCAGCCGAGUGACGAAAAAAAGCACGUUUGGGACUUUCCACAAUGGCAGCUGCCCCUUUCCCCCUCCACCCCCUUCCAGUUGAUGUACUUUUAACUCAUGCACAUUCUGUUAGACGUGGCGGUUUUGCGUAGCAAUUUGUGGUUCCUUGAUCUCCCCGUGUGUGUGUCUAAUCUCACGGUUGUAUAUCUUGAUCUGUCCUCAUAUAUAUUUACAUAAGAACAUUAAAAGAUGCCCAACUAUGGGAGGAGAAUCUCCCUACACACCCAAUUUCCCCCA